UAAUGUUCAGCAUCGUCUGCUCGUUUAUGCUUAUCGCAACGAUGUUAACGUGAUUCUUCCCCAAACCGGAAACUAUGUGAAUAAUCCCAAGCACAAAUAUGUGUUGGAUGAGCCAUUUCGUCUAGAGUGGCUUAAUGGAGUUUCUUGGCAUCGAGAUUUUGUCAAAAAUAACGAGUACGGUAUUCAAGCUCUUCACACCAAAUGGAAUUACACGGCAUAUAGAACGCUUUUAGGGCCCUCAGCCGUAUUUUCGACCAUAUUGAGAAACCCGGUUCACACCUUUGAAAGUCAGUAUUCAUACUAUGGUUUUGAGAGCCAUUAUCGUAUGAAUAUAUCUGAAUACUUGAAGCGGUAA